AUGGCCACACUCACCCUGUACAAGGUGUAUGGCCGCACUCAUCCUGUACAAGAAUAUUACCUGGAAGACUGCAUUCAGAUGCUGAACUUCAUUCCGCCCCCUUCAGAUAAACGCAAGAAACGUGACAAGGAUGAGAUUUUGGAUGAUGGGGAACAAGAGGCCCUUAUUAAGUACAUCAAGUCACUGAACAUCCCCGGAGCUAUCCUCAUCUUUCUGCCAGGCUGGAAUCUCAUUUUUGCUCUCCACAAACACCUGGAGAUGCACUCUGAAUUUGGAGGCCGUCAGUACUGUCUGUUACCACUCCACUCCCAGAUCCCUAGAGAUGAACAGAGGAGAGUCUUUGAACCUGUCCCUGAUGGUGUCACAAAGAUCAUACUGUCGACCAACAUAGCUGAAACUAGUGUCACCAUAAACGAUGUUGUCUAUGUUAUCGACUCAUGCAAAGCUAAGAUGAAGCUGUUCACAUCCCACAACAACAUGACAAACUACGCUACAGUGUGGGCAUCCAAAACCAACCUCGAGCAGAGACGGGGAAGGGCAGGUCGUGUGAGGGCUGGCUUUGCAUUUCAUCUUUGUAGUCGUUCAAGAUACGAAAAGUUGGAUCAGCAUACCACCCCGGAGAUCUUCAGGACACCCCUUCAUGAGUUGGCCCUGUCUAUCAAGCUGCUGCGCUUGGGUCCCAUUGGUCCAUUUAUGGCCAAGGCUGUAGAACCGCCCCCUAUUGAUGCUGUCAUAGAAGCUGAGGCUCUGCUCAAAGAAAUGCGAGCUCUAGAUUCCAAUGAUGAGCUGACUCCUCUUGGUAAAAUCCUGGCCAAACUUCCAAUUGAGCCAAGGCUGGGCAAGAUGAUCAUCUAUGGCUGUCUCUUCUACUGUGGAGAUGCUGUAUGUACUAUAGCGGCCAGUACAACUUUCCCAGAGCCGUUCAUCACUCCUACAGACCGACGCAGAUUGGGUUGGGUCCACAAGUCCCUUGCUGGCAACAGGUGUAGUGACCAUGUGGCACUCCUUAACGCCUUAAAUCUGUGGGAGGAGGCCAGGAUGGGUGGAGAACAGAAUGAGAUCUAUUUCUGUGAACAGAAGUCUCUGUCUAUGCCUACACUCAGAAUGACCUCAGAGGCAAAGUGUCAGCUGCGAGAUAUCCUCAUCAACUCUGGAUUCCCAGAGGAAUGUCUACUACCCCAGGUGUACAACUAUAAUGGACCAGACAGCAACCUUGAUAUGGUGGUCACUCUACUGUGUAUGGGUCUGUACCCCAAUGUCUGCUUCCACAAGGACAAGAGGAAGGUACUGACCACAGAGAGUAGGGCUGCCCUAGUCCACAAGUCCUCUGUCAACUGUAACAACUUUGAGUGCAGGUUCCCGUCUCCCUACUUCAUCUUUGGAGAAAAGAUCCGGACACGAGCUGUGUCAUGCAAACAGAUGACAAUGGUUUCACCUCUCCAGCUGCUGUUGUUUGCUUCUCGCUCAGUCACCUACCAUGAAGAUCUCAUAACUCUGGACAACUGGUAAGUACACAGCUUGCUGCUGU